ACAGAUAAAAUGGCAGUCGUUGAGUGGAGUUCAGCUGUGUCUCAAUUAUAAUUACAUAGUCUCGAAAAUUGCAGGAACAUCUAACUAGAAGAGAAGAAUGAACGUGCUUCAGGAAUUAGUUUCGAAACUGAAGUCGAAUGGUUGUCAUUGUCGAGUUUCACAAUAACACAUACCGGCUUCUUAUUCCAUUUUUCUUCGACCAAUCUAGUUAGUUGUAUCUCAGAGUCGAGUCUUUGUGGCAGACGCGAUUCACGUUCUUGCAUCUCGUAGAUCACGUGAGAUUUCUCUCUUGUGCUCCGACUCGAGAUUACCUCAUGGGAAUCGAUCAACCUACUACAAAACCUUCGAGUUACAUUCACGUCAAGAAGAUUUGACUUGGUGCCGUUGUGCGUGAUCGUAAUUGAAGUUGGAUCAAUCCUUUAGAGCGAUCGUUAGCGGAAAAAAUUGAUUUGAAUUUUUUGGCGUCGAAUCAAAAAUUUUUUUUAGAAUUUUUCGGCGGGAGAUACACGUUUGAAAGAAAAAAGAGAACAAUGUGACGUAAUUUUAUGAUAAUAACUCCGAAUGUAACACCUGAACAGAUAAACGAUCGAAUUCGUAUCCCGAGUUCGGUAAUCGAAAAACACAUAUAACGAAAAGUGGUGUUCGAUUUUCAUUGCAUUAUUUCGUUCGGCAACGAUGAAAAUGGAGGCGGAGCACAGGUUGGAGCAGUUGAAGAAGGCAACGGACAGAAUACAAAAGGAGAUCGAAGAGGUCACGGAGAGGGAGCACGAGCUCAGAAACGUGGGUAGCAUUAAAACCACGUCCCACGAGACGGUGGAUUCCAAGGUACGACGUAUGCCACAAGCUUUGGUCUCAGGAAAAUUGAAGAGAACAACGUCUACUCCACAAAUUUUAGAAGCUAUCAGCUUAACACCAUCUACACCACCCUUAACGCCAAAGAUGACGAAUGGAGUGAUAUCUAGUCGCACCACUCCAACACCUUUGCGUUUCGCAACAGCACCUAGUCAAAAAGGGCUAAUGCAUAGGUUUCUGGCAACUCGUGGAAAAAUUUACAAACCAAAAUCUAUAGAUAAUGAUACGCUAACACCACCUUCAUCACCCAGUAUCACACUUAAUCCAUUGAGUAUCAAGGCUUUUAAUAGAAAUUUGGAAAUUCAACUUGAACCGGACAAUGAACCUAAAAAACCUCCUAUUAGAAAAGGAUAUGUGCCUGUAGAAGAAAAAAUUCAAAAAGAAUUACAUGAAAUGAAAGAACGAGAAAAUGAGCUUAGAUUAAUGCGAUCACAGAUGUUGGCUAAAUCUCAACCAAAUCUUUUGGAUAUUGGAAAUGAUAACGAUUCCGAUAUUUAUGAUGGUUCAAACUCAUUAAGAAGCGGUACCUCAACAAAUACUUUAAAUGAAGAUGAAAUAGAAAAAGAAAUUAAAGGAAAACACAAGCCUAAUCCACGACGUCGAAGCACUCUCAUCGCGCAAUGGGAAAAUUUGAUAGCUGCAAAAAAGGAAUCUAAUGAUAAUAACAACGAGAAUGAUUUAAAUUUUUGAAAAAUUGGAUUAUUUUGUAAAAAAUAAUUAUCAAUGUUUAUUUU